CAGGUCUCCCAUACCGGUCGUGGGUCGACUACGCACUUCACGUCGCUGUCGGGGGCGAGCGUCACGCUGCAGUUCUACGGCGCUGGGAUCGAGCUUUAUGGAACUACGAACAGCUCGUACCAAGUGACCCUCGAUGGCAGUCAAAGCACUGGGGCAGCUAGUGGAAGCAGCUUGUUUUCGCAGCUGUUAGCCCCUGGAUCUCACAGUGUCACCUUAACCGCUUUCCCAGCCGGUGCGAAUGAGAUGCUUGGUCUUCAAUACGCGACGAUGGUCAUUCCAUCGAGUAAUGGUCAAACGUCCCCACCUUUGCCAAUACAGAUACGGACGUUUUGACAUACCAGGGAAGCUGGAAAACCAGCAACGACCAGGCGAUACCGAACGGCGGGACGUACCAUUCAACCUCGUCCACAGGCGCGAGCGUUGGCAUGCAAUUCAUGGGAGAAGCCGUCGAGGUCGUUGGGGUCACAAACUACAUAUGCAUGAACUAUACAGUGCGCAUAGACGCUCGAUGGAAAUGAGACGCCAACAAUGAACCAGAGCAGCUAUUCUUUUGUCCCUGAGACGACAAUGUUCUUCCAGAGCGGCCUGGAUCCGACCAUGGUGCACACGUUGAACAUGACGCAGACGUCCGCUGAGACGUCGAGCAAUCAGUACUUGCUGGCGUUUGAUUAUAUCACGGUUUAUGGAUACCAAGCGUGAGUCCUCCACGCAUCUUUCUUUGCUUGGCUCAAGAAGCCAUGUCGGAACUGCCAGACCGCCUGAUUCGAAUCCAUCAGCGAAUAGCGGCGGCUCGUCGUCCGGCAUGAAUCUGGCCGGCCCUAUUGCGGGAGCAAUCGUAGGAGCUCUCGCAGCGGUUGUUGGUAUCGUCACCUUUAUCUGGUGGCGGCGGCGUCGGCCAGUCAAAGUGAGACCGCGAUCUAAAACCGAAGUCGCCAUGGACAUGGAAGAAGCGCGCGAUGACGAUCCCCCGCUACUCGUCAUCGCACCCGGUAGACGCAGCGAGAAAGCAAAGUUGAACGGUAACUGGUCGCCUGCAGCGUCACCAGAGGGCAGAGGUGACCUUGCCCGCAUGGACUCCGUAACGCCAUCUGCCAGAUAUGCCGCUGCGAUGAGCGAGUUCGGCUUCGAGCGCGCCGGGCCGCCCGAGGGCACUGCGAUCGCUUCGAGCGGUGUAGAACCCCGCUCUGAUAUGCUGCCCCCAGAAGCCGAGGCGCAGUCAACCUAGAAACCACCGAUGUCCGGCUCGCCAAGCUCCCCAUCUCUUAUCGCGAGGUCUCAAGCUCGAGACUCUCCCGACGCGCAACUCGCCUCAGCGGGACGGCGGGCGCUGUCAGUACCACCCGCGCCCGGAGCAACACCGUCUCCUCCGCCUUCGAUGGGGAACCCACAGCAGUCCCCGGCGCAGGAGCUCGCGCGGGCGGUAGUGCAGGAGGCUGAGCAAACGAGCGAAUCUGGGAUGCAGCUUUCUAACAACGAGAUCGACCGGAUUGUGGAGAUGGUUGCGUCGCGGAUCGAUCAGCCUACGCAUCACUCGAUGCCACCGCCAGAGUAUAGGACGCGGUGACAACGACCGAAGAGCCUGUGUUGGUUUUCUCUAGGAUCAUUGAUGUACUGUAUCAUUUCGUCUCGUAUACUUUGUUUCCUGGCAAUGGGUGUGCUGUGCUCACGUUUCCUUUGUGUUUUGUAAUUCGAUGCAUGAUCAGUU